AUGGACAAAAUCAUUCAGUUUGCCCAGAGCUACGAGAACGCCGAAUGGGUCACUAUCACCCUCGAAAAUACCGACAAAACCUACACCGUUCAGAAAGCGCUGCUUUGCCAAACGUCAGACCACUUCAGCAAAGCCUUGCGCAGGGACAGUUCUAUGGAAGCGAGCGAGCAGACGGCACAUGUUCCGCAUUGCACCGUCGAGACUUUCUCAGCAUUCCUGUACUGGCUGUGCCAUCGGCAGCUACCUGACAUGCGGUCCGGACUUGAGGGCGCACAUCCAGAUAUACAGGAGGGGCACAGUAUUGCACAUCAGUCGCUGCUGGUCUUGCUGUGGUCUUUCGGUCACGAUUGGGAAAUCCCCGAGCUACAGAACGCUACCAUGAACACUCUCCUCGACUUGCUACAAUGCACUUCGGUCGCAGUAGAGGCUGUACAGCUAGCUUUUGAGCGGACAGGAAACGGCAGUGAGAUCAGUGAGGUGCUGGCCAGUGAGAUAUACCCCGAAAUCUACAACAAGCACAGUUCCGAGCAGAAGUUGCACGAGCUCGCCGCAAUACCAGGUUUCCUUUCUGCAUCUUUGGUAGCAGCGAGAGACUACCACAACUUAGGUCGUGACUGCAGCUCUACAGAUGACGCGCCAUCCGGACAAAGGGAUCGAUCGGAGUUCAUGGUUCGUGAACGACGGGACGGUCUAUGA